GUACAGUUUGUUAUUAAAGGGCUAGUAGGGGAUGGAACCAGCCCACACAAAGUCUAAAUGCAUUUUAAAGCCUUGAACAACCACUCCAAGCGGGUUCUGAUAGAUCUAGAGCCUAUGAAGUCUGUGGUUGUUGGGCCCAGUUUGAGAUUACUUAAAUUUUUGAAGAAUUUCAUAUCUUUCUAAUUAAAAAUGUUCAAAGACUUUCCAGGUGAUUUUCUAGAUACUCCUUUUAAAAUUACUUGAGCUAUUAGGAUAAUUUAUCGGAUUUAGGUGCACGAAUGUCGAAAGCCAUCACAGAAGAAAGAAGACUUAACAUUGAGAAUGCUAUGAAAAUAGUCCACAAUAAGGUGAGCUCUAGAACGCCAUAUUGGUACAAACUCAAUGAACUCGUUGAAAAGAUCAAGGAUUAUAACAGAAAAUCGAGCAUGGAUGAUAAAGUCGAAUCCUUGAGCCACAGGAGAAGACCAAUCAUGAAGAAAAAUCCAAAUAACUUUUCUAGAGCAAGAUUCAACAGCACUAAUUCAAACUUAAAAAAUAAGAAACUGGCUCUGACUAAGAUCAGGGCUACGAAUUUACUCUUAAGUGAACCGAAAUAGACCCUCUAUUUCAGUAAGUAUUUGAAGCUCGAGGAGAAGCUCAGAGGCUCCAAAAGAUAUUUUCCUUAAGAAAAAUGAAGAUUUCGUAAUGGAAGGGAUCGUUCAAGCUGAUGAGAACUCGGAGCAGUCCCCUCGGAAGUCUAAGGAGCACUUCAACCGUUCCUGGAUUAAGAAGGACUGCCAGUCGAUUAGGAUGAUCAAUGAUAUUAACCGCACAACAACAAAUUUCUCUUCAGAGAAAUCUCACAGGAAAUACAACUUCGCUAGUGAAAGGAUUAGUGUGAACUAUUCUAAUAUCCAGGACCAGCUAAACCAUACACAUAAGCUAAGUUUUGACAGGGAUCGGCUAGAGAGACUUGCCCUUCCCAGGGGAAUAAUGAAGGCUAAGAAGAAGAGGGGCCACCGUCUAAAAGUCUCUCAUAAGUUGCCUUUGCUCAUCGAGACUCUGAACAAGAGUGCUGAGAAGGACACUUAUAAUCAUCUCCAUAAAGCUUGUAUUUAUGGUGUAAAAUUGGACCAAGUCCCAAUUCUGAAGAAGAAAGUUGAUGACCUGAAGGAGACUAUCAAGGACAACAAGGCGAAGUCUAAGAAUUUACGGAAGACAAUGAGAUACCUCAGGACCUUGAACAAGGCCAAUAAAUCGCAGGUGAACCACUAAUGUAGA